UUAGUGCAAAGCUAUCUGCACAUAUAAUCUGUGGCAAGGAGCACUGGGAGACAGCUAAGAGACAGUGACAAUGUCUUUAAACUGGUGGGCAAUUCCUACUCGACUUGGAGUUUUUAAAGUGAACUGCAAAGGACUGGCAUGCCUCUUGGUCUUCACAGUGAGCGUUUGUGGCAGUGCCCCAUGGAUGUGUCCAACAACCUGCAUCUGUGCCAGUGAUAUCGUAAGCUGCACCAAUAAGAACCUCUCCCAGGUGCCAGAAAAUCUUUAUAAAUGUAUGAAAAGGCUGGAUCUGAGUUAUAACAGAAUUGGGUUUUUGGAGCCUGAAUGGGUCCCAGUGCUGUUUGAGAAACUGAACACUUUAAUAAUCAAUCAUAAUAGCAUUAGCAGCAUUAUCACUGGAAGCUUUUCCACAACCCCGAAUCUGAAGUACCUAGACUUGUCAUCCAACAGCCUGAAGACGCUGGGCAGCCCUGUGUUUCAGGAGCUAAGGGCACUGGAGGUUCUCCUGCUGUACAACAAUCAGAUAACACAGAUAGAGUCUUCAGCCUUCGGAGGAUUGUACAAAUUGCAGAAACUCUACUUAAGCUAUAACUUGCUCUCGCAUUUCCCGCUGGACUUGUACACUGGAAAACAUAAACUGACAGACCUUGCGUUGCUGGACAUUUCCUUUAAUCACAUCCAGUCGAUGCCUAUUCAGCGCCUGAGUUCAGUGCCGGCCAAACAUCUUAGUGGAAUUUAUCUUCAUGGCAACCCGUUUUAUUGUGACUGUAUGCUGUACUCCAUGCUAAUCUUCUGGUAUCAAAGGCACUUCAGCUCGGUGGUGGACUUCAAAAACGAGUACACCUGUUUGUUGCGAUCAGACCCAAGAGGUUACAAUAAACUGCCUUUACUGUACGACAACAUUCUGAAUUGCUCCGAAAGCACUGUCAACAGCUCUUUCCAAGCCUUUGGGUUUAUUCACAAUGCCCAGGUUGGUGACAGGCUGAUUGUGCACUGUGACAGCAGAAUCAGCGAUGCGGGCACACACUUUGUUUGGGUUAGUCCGGACAAUAGAUUGCUGGAGCCAGACAGGGAGACCGACAACUUUAAGGUGUUUCGUAACGGCAGCCUGGAGAUAACAGAUGCCCAGCUAGAGGACUCAGGGCUGUAUUCCUGCAUCGCAAUAAAUAAGAAAAGACUAUUAAAUGAAACCAUAGAGGUUAGAAUAAAUGUUAGCAAUUUCACAGUGAACAGGUCCCACGCUCAUGAAGCAUUUAAUACAGCUUUUACCACUCUUGCUGCCUGUGUAGCCAGUAUUGUUUUAGUACUGCUGUACCUCUAUCUGACCCCCUGUCCGUGUCAAUGUAAGGCGAAAAGGAGGAAGAGGAAGCUGAACCAAAGCAGUGCCCACCCAUCCAUACUUAAUUCCACACCGCCACAAGAGCUGCCAGCCGACGAGAGGAAGGCUAGCACUGGUAAACGGGUGGUUUUCCUGGAACCCGUGCACGAACCAAAACACAGUCAGAACGGGAAAGUAAAACUGUUUCCUAAUGACAAUAUCAUUGCUGAGAGUAUCUUAAAAACUACUCGAAUAAAAUCUGACUCCGAUUCUGUCAACUCCGUGUUCUCAGAUACACCUUUCAUGCCGUCAACUUAGUUUGCUGCCUGUGUUUGUAUCGUGCAGUUACAUUUCUGAAUACCUCCUUUGCUUGUAGCAACCGUCAGGAAAAACAAAUAAAAAGAGAGAAAAUGUUUUA